AUGGCUCUGUGGGCCCCUGCUCUGCUCCUGCUCUCGGGCCAGCUCCUCUCGUGUGGACUGGGCACAGCGGGGCCCCUGCAUGCCCAGUGUAAAGUGGAAUGGUACUUCGGGAUCCGGUGCACAGAAGUGUAUGAGGCGCUGGUGUCUCAGAUUAAGGCCUGGAGAGGCAUGACCAGCUGCACCACCGGGGGGCAGCGCUGUCUCUACAAGCUGCAGUCUGCCUCGGUGCACUUCAUCGAGGCCAAACACACCACACCCUUCAAGAAACACGUGGACAACAUCCACAUACGCCUGAUGCCCUUCCACUUCUUCACCUGCUGUCACGUCUCGGCGAUGUCUGUUUCUCAGACGUGGUACACCAUUAAAGACCACGGUACAAACUACUGUAACCUCUACAACCUGAUGGAAGGGAGUGGCCUGACUGAGGCUCGGGGGUACAGAGAGAUGACCAGUGACUUCAUGUGCACUCAGAGGUCUUCAGCUAACUGCACUGUCUACUGAUCACAACUGACCACACUGCUCUCCACUGACCA